UAGGGAUCCUAGAUAAUGUUUCUUUUUUCAAAUUUAUUGUCCGAUCUGUUGUCAAAACAGAAAUCUCGUUUAGUUUCCCCAGCCGCACAUCUCCGCAAACACGCCCAGAUUCAAGAGUUGAGGAAACUCAACGCUGCUUGUGGGCCGAGGCCCCAGACAGAAGAUUGCUGUGGGGACCCCUCUCUGCCCACACGCACGUGCAAAGGUGGUUUCCGUUGGCCCCUCUUUUUUUUUUUUUUUUUUUUUUGGUUUCUGCCUAUCUACAGUUUGAUUUCCCGUCGGCGAAAUGAACGCUCCUCUGCGCAAGGAUGACAUCCGCAUCCGUUAAAAUUGGAACGAUACAGAGCAAGCAGAUUGGGAUGGGCCCUCUGCGCAAUCAAAACGACGACGACAACGAAGACUCUUCUUCUUCUUCUUCUUCUCCUCCAUCGGAAUCGAAAGAGACUGACAAGAAGACGGCCAAAGCAUCUUCUUCUUCUUCUUCCUCUCCUUCUCCUCCUUCUCCUCCUGCCUCUGCAUCGAAGGAGAGCGUUGUCGACGAGGCCGAAGAUUCGUCUUCUUCUCUUUCGUCUUCCUCCUCCACAACUACAGAGAAGCAAGAGAAUGACAAUGUCGAGGCGAGCUCAUCUUCACCAUCGCCUCCUUCUUCCUCCUCUCCUCCGAAGACACCUUCCUCAAGCAAAGGCGAUGGAGAUGGCGUUGCCGAGGACGAUGGGAAGAAAUCGUCCGCCUCCUCUUCACCAUCGCCGUCGGACUCAUCUCCUGUGGGACAGAGAGGAGGAGAGGGAAGUGGGUUCACUGACGACGAUGAAGAGGAAGCCGCUCCUAGCGAAGAGGUAGUGUCAUUUGCACCGGAAGAGAGUAGUAAUCCACCUCCUCCUCCUCUUCAUAGAGCAAGAACACCAGAAGGCGACCAUGUCGGCAGCUCGUCGUCUUCUCCUUCUCCUCCUCCUCCUCCUUCUCCUCCUUCUCCUCCUUCUCCUCCUUCUCCUUCUCCACUUACUUCUCCUUCUCAAUCCAACGCUACCUCUCCUCCUCCUCCUCUCCCCCCCCAACCGUCGGCUGCUGGGGCGUCUACGUCGGCCCCUCCUUCUGCCCCCCCUCCUCCGGUUCAGUGUAAAUUUGGAUUUAAUGGGACCGCUGCAAUCGAUCUCAGCCCUUCAUCAGGAUCGACGGUGGGCUACGCAGUAACUGGUGUACUCGUUGACAGUGCGAAGGCAGUCGUAGAUGCGGCGAAUUCGGGGAAAUGCGCGUUUGUGUCUGCAACGUCCGUGGACCCAUCCUGUGGCGACCAGUUCUAUGUCAAUGGGAACAAGUUGUACUCACAAGUUUUCCAGCCAUCACCGAAUCCCAUUUAUUAUUACCAGAAUCGCCGGAUUCGCCUCAACAUUUCUGCAGUACUAGUCCAUGGUGUGAACAUGAAUGCGAACAAUGACCCAGCCUUCUGUGUGGAAUUCAACACAACAGCCACUCUUAGUCCAUAAGCCCGAAAGCCGGAAAAAAAGAGAGUUGUUGGCCGCCCAACUGGAAUGGAUGGAAGAAGGAAGAAGUCUUGUGAAAAUGCCGAGUAUUUUGUAAGAACGACAAGGAAAGCUGAGUUCCUAGUCCUUCCUUAGUUAAUAAUAAAAAAAAAAGAAUAAGAAGAAGAAUAAGAAAAUGAAGAGUAGUUUGUAAG